UAGACAUAAUAUAAGGGUAGACGCCGCAUUGGCCGCUCCGGCGCAGGAAAUACGGCGGCCAUCUUAGAGCGGUAUACCCUCGUACUUUGCUGAACCAAAACAACAGAAGAUGCCUCAGUUCUGCUCGGCUUAUUCGUGUUUAAAUCUACGAACUGUUGAUGUCAGGGACCGGGGGAUAACUUUUCACAAGUUUCCAAAAGAUAAAGAGAGGAGGAAGAGGUGGGAAAUAGCUUUGAGGAGGGAUGGAUUCACUGCAAGUGAUUCAUCUGUACUAUGCAGUGAGCAUUUCAAAACGGAGGAUUUUGACAAAACAGGUCAGAUUGUCAGACUGAGAGCUGAUGUGAUACCAUCAAUUUUCAGCUUCCCAGUUCACCUUCAAAGAGUUGAAAACUACAGAACUACAAUAACCUCCACAAAAGCCCAAAGUAGUGAGUAUGUGGCCUCUCAAGAUGACCCAGAAACUUGUAGUUCAGACCUGCAACCUCAGUCUAAUGAUGAUCAUUGCUAUGCUUUGCCAGCUUCUCUUACCGCUGUCACUGCAAAACAUAAGAGAGCGUUGGCAAGAGUGGAAUAUCUGGAGCGGGACAAGAAAAACACCAUGGCCAGAGAGAAGAGGGCAAAGACCACAGCAAAGUCACUUAUAGAAAACCGCUGGCUCCCAGCGGGGGAGCCGCAGCCGCGGCGGUUCCCACCAGCACCUGCGGGUCUGAGGAAAGAGCCAGCGAGCUUCACGCUGAGGCGGGCUCCUCCCUGGCUGAAGGCCUUGCUGCACAUCAAGGGUUCUCCCUGGUCUUAG